GAACUAUCCGCGGAAGGGAACAGGAAGGAAGAUGGCGUUGCGGUGGGUUGCUGGGGUUUUGCUGCUGAGCCUGGGGCUGGUGGCCGCGCACACCGGGCAGGUGCCCUUGCUCGCUUGGUCGAGUCACAGCUCCUUAUGGUCCCCUUUGGCAGCUCCACAUGAGGGUCAUGUGGUGACAGAAGCUCAGCUUGCAUCUUUACUGGACUCAGCAGUAGACAAUGGCCCUCACAAUGUAUUGCUGUUCCUUCAGGAGAAACUUAGCAUUGAGGAUUUCACAGCGUAUGGUGGAGUAUUUGGAAAUAAGCCAGAUAGCGCCUUCCCCAAUCUGGAG